CCUCUGAGAGCCUAGAAGCCGUUAAUUCGGCAAUUGCCGCGCGGUUUUGAGUUUGUCGUUGUUGUGCCUUCUGCUUCGCUACGCCAUGGCGGCGCAUCUCAAGAAGCGGGUGUAUGAGGAGUUCACCAAAGUGGUUCAGCAGCAAUCCCAUGAAGAGAUUCCAGCCAAGAAACUCCGACUGACGAAACCCAGUAAAUCAGCUGCCCUCCACAUCGACCUAUGUAAAUCUACAAACCCCACCGAAGCUCUUCAGUACCUGCUGCAGUUUGCCAAGAAGCCCGUGGAGGCUGAGAGUGUGGAGGGAGUUGUUCGCAUCCUUCUGGAUCAUUACUAUAAGGAGAAUGAGAGCUCAGUCAGGCUGAAGAUUGCAUCAUUGAUUGGAUUGUUGUCAAAAACACCAGGCUUUGCUGCUGACUGUAUUGUAGAUGAUGUCAUCGUUGCUCUCCACAACGAAAAGUCUCACCAUGUUCUUGCACAGUUAUUGGACACUGUUCUGGUGAUUGGCAUUCAGCUUCAGGACAAUCUGCCUCUCAGCUUCCGGUUGGUUGAAAUUGGAUGCAAGCACUUAGCAGACACCUCACACAUGGUACGGAAUAAAUGCUUGCAGCUAAUUGGUUGCCUGGGUUCCCUGGAUAAGCCGGUGACGAAGGAGUUGGAAAACCUUGCUGCCAAAGACGUGCAGAAAAUCAUUAGCGAUUCUUUCAUUGACCAGGACCCCCGUGUUAGAACAGCAGCGAUGAAAGCCAUGUUGCAGUUACAUGAACGAGGAAUGAAGUUGCAGCAGAUCAUCUAUUGUCAGGCUUGCAAAGCUUUAUCAGAUGACUAUGAGCAAGUACGCUCUGUGGCCGUGCAGCUAGUGUGGGUCCUCAGUCAGCUAUACCCUGACAGUAUAGUGCCUAUUCCGUCAUCCAAUGAGGAAAUUCGCCUAGUCGAUGAUGCAUUUGGGAAGACUUGUCACAUGGUGAAUGACGGAUCCUGGCUAGUGAGAGUACGAGCAGUCAAACUGUUGGGAUCCAUGCACCAAGUUAGCGUUCAGUUUCUGGAACAAACUCUUGAUAAGAAAUUGAUGUCUGAUCUGAAGAGAAAGCGGAGUGCUCACGAGCGAGCCAAGGAGCUCUACACAUCGGGAGAAUUCUCCAGUGGCCGGAAGUGGGGUGACGAUGCCCCUAAGGAAGCAGUGGACACCUAUACAGUCAACCUGAUCAACUCAGGGGCCUGUGGAGCCUUUGUUCAUGGGCUGGAGGAUGAGAUGUAUGAGGUCCGUAAUGCAGCUGUAGAGUCGCUCUGCAUGUUGGCUCGGGCUUCGGCGUCUUUCGCUGAGAAGUGCCUGGAUUUUCUGGUCGACAUGUUCAAUGAUGAAAUCGAGGAAGUGCGGCUGGGUUCGAUACAUGCUCUGCGCAAAAUUUCCUGUCAUAUUCGACUGCGUGAGGAUCAGCUGGACACUGUUCUGGCAGUGCUAGAGGAUUCUUCCCGUGACAUCCGGGAAGCCUUGCACGAGCUGUUGUGUUACACAAACGUGUCGACAAAGGAUGGGAUUCACCUGGCACUAGUGGAGUUACUGAAGAAUCUGGCAAAGUAUCCAACUGAUCGGAAUUCCAUCUGGAAAUGUCUCAAGUACCUUGGAAACAGGCAUCCCACACUGGUGUUGCCACUGGUCCCAGAGUUGCUCAGCACACACCCAUACUUCGACACACCAGAACCAGACAUGGACGACCCAGCUUAUAUUGCUGUUCUGGUAUUGGUAUUCAACGCUGCCAAGACCUGUCCUACCAUGUCAGCACUCUUCUCUGAUCACACAUUCCGACACUAUGCCUACCUUCGGGACAGCCUCUCUCAUCUGGUGCCACCGUUACAGCUGCCAGGCAGGAAGAUAGUGUCUGUCUCAGAUUCUACGAAUGCGGCACUAAGUGAAGACUCAUCCCGACAGUUUGUGCAGCAAAGCCUUGACCGGGUUCAGAGUAUCCAACAUCUAGACACCCAGGGAGCCCAGGAUCUCUUAAAGUUAACAAUUCGUGACCUACAGCGACUAGGAGAGCUGCAGCCAGAGCUGGCAGGAAUAGCGGAGUUUUCUGCCACCUACCUUGAGUGCCAGCUCCUCCUUAUGAAGAGCCUUCAGGAGAAGUUGUGGAAUGUGGCUGCCCCACUCUACCUCAAACAGAAUGCCAUGGCAGCUGCUGCUGCCAAACAGAUUCUGGAACACACAUACAAACUGGAGUUUCUAUACAGUGGCCUGGAGAGUAGACACAUUGCAAUCAUCCACCACAUGCGGCUUCAGGCUAAAGCACUGCAGCUCAUUCUGACUGCUCGGACAACCAGAGGGAUGGAAACCCUGAUAAACAUGUGUGAGGUGUUUCUGCAAGAGAUUGAGUCCUUUCCAAGGUACUUUGCGACAGAACUGCACUAUCUACAGGACAGCUUCAUUGAGAAACUGCUGGAGGUUAUGCCGAGACUGGUGGCCUGCAAGCCUGCGGAGAUGGUGAAGAUCCUUCAGACCACUCUACGGCACAGCAGCUUCCUCCUUCUCACCCUCCCAGAACAGGUUCACCGAGCCUCUGCGACAAUCAUUGAGCCAACAGGAGAGUCUGACAACCCUCUGAGAUUCACCUCUGGCCUGGUGGUAGCGUUGGAUGUUGAUGCCACGCUACAGCAUGUGCAGGAUCCCCAGAACACUGUCAAGGUGCAGAUCAUGUAUCCGGAUGGGCAGGCACACAUCAUCCACCCUAAGCCAGCUGAUUUUCGCAAACCUGGGCCUGGAAGACACAGAUUGAUUACACAAGUCUAUCUCUCUCACACAGCCUGGACAGAGCCUUGUCAAAUUGAGGUGCAGCUGCUCCUGGCCUACAGUUCGAGUAGAAGCAGGACGUGCAGUUUGACUGCGGGCUCCAGGUCAGCCUGGAGCGACAGCCUGGAUGGCUUGCCACAGACAGACAAUAUCAUCGAGGGCACCAUUAAUCUCAGCAAACAAGUCAAGGUCUACCUGAUGCCCAAACCAGCCAGGCGCUGAGGAGGAGCAGUGUCAGGGAUACAAGAGAGAGAGGAAUAAGACUCAGCUGAGCUGGAUAAGGAUGUUAAAAGACAAGCAUGUGAACCAGCUGAUGGGAUCUGCUCAGUUUUGUUGUCCGGCCUUGAAUCAAAACAUUGGGAAUCGGCAGGGAUUGUAAGCUGGGAAAGCAGCCUCAUUAUUCAGACAGUCUAACUGGUAAUUGGGAAUGUCAGAAUCAACUGGAAUCAACAGACCCUGAGAUAAAUCUCAUGCUGCCUGUUAAAGACUUUUUUUAUUUUAGCUCUGCACUGUUUCAGGCACUGAACUGUUCAGGCAAAGGUAAAUAUGAGUGGCACAUGACUCAGGAACUGUUAAUUUUUGGGGUAUGCGUAAGUCCUUUGCAACAUGGAGUGACCCAGAAGUGAGUUUUGCUUGAGAUUCGAUUCUGAACUUGCUGGCCCACAUGACAGUAGUCACAGCUGUACAACCCUACCUCUGUGUUUCACAGCAGAGCACAGCCCAGGGUCUAAUCCCAGAUCCUUUCUGAAGGCUGCAGCUUGGUAUUGAAUAAGCUGGGCCUCGCCUGUGGAGUCCAUCGAAAUGUAGUCUGAACCCCAAGCCCAGAGAGAACGGGGGUGGGGGAAGGAAAUCAUGCCAGGGUUCUAGCAUCUGAUCAUCAUCCAGUGACUGCCCACCACUGCCAGACACUCCAGGUUUGUGAGAAUGAGACUGAGUCUAGCUGACUUGGUUCCCAUGUGGAGUAGCCAGCUGGCACAAGUUGAGAGUUGACACCAAGAUGGAAUCUGGACAGGUAAAUGUUUAUGAAAUCACGGCUGGGUGUAAACUAGUGCCUUACUUUCAAACAGAGUCUAGAGUUAGGGGGCAGGAACCCCUAAUAUCACUGCAUCCACUGUGUUAACUCCAGAGUCUGCAAACCCACUGCCUGACACGCUAGUUCCGUGAGCUCCUGUGUAUAAUGCAGAGUGUUGGGAGCGGGACAUACUUGCUGGAUGUGGUUUUGGGAAGCUACUGGGGCAGGUAAUCUUGUUUCAGUCCUCCAUAGGAACGUGAGCUAGACACAGGCUAUUCGGGCCAUCAGGUCUACUCUACCAUUCAAUGGGAUUGUGCCUCAGCUAGACUUCCCUACCUGCCUCCCAAAACCCUUGAUGAUCAAAAAUCUAUCAACUCAGUCACGAAUAUAUUCAAUGAUACAGAAAUUGCUGGGGAAGAGAAUUCCAAAUAUGAAGGAAGAAUUCCUCCAUCUUGGGUGGGAGAGCUUUUUAAACAGUGGUAGAUCUCCCCACAAUUGGAAACAUCCUGUGAGUGCCCACCCUGCAGAGCUAUCUCAAUCUUAUGCUUCAAUAAUCUGCCAAAUCUUUUACUGCCCAGUAAUGGACUAGUUUGUGUAUUACCCUGUGUAGACGUGUGGACUUGAGCUUCAUUUUUCAAAAUGUCGGGUGCCACUCUGAAUAGUGUUUUUAAACUACUCUGUCAUGGUGAGAUCCUGAGUACGUAUAAAUCGAGGCAGAGACAUUGGCCGAUCCAGAGCACAGUGCGAAGUUGCCUUUAAUGAACAAGUUUUAUUUUUGUGGGUGCAGUUGGUACCUAUUUCUUUUUAAACAAAUAAAUUGGAAAUGGUUUUCACAGAAA